AGCGUCGCUCCUCCGCGGGGAAGAUUAUUCUUUUUUUUAAAUUCUUCUCCUCCUCCUCACCUCGCUUUUUUUUUCAUCGGCAUUGACUUUUGCUUCUUUGACAUAAAUCAUCUCCUGGACAAGGUUUUCUUUCGUGAAAACUCCUCGCUUAAGUAGUAUUUCUCAUCAUCAACGAGUCCUCCGCGGAAGGAUCUGCUUUUUUCCCUUACCUUUUCAAAAUAAAUAUAUCCGCGAUGAUGAUGAUGAUGAUGAUGAUGAUGAUGAUGAUGAUGAUGAUGGAAAUGGGACAAGAUCACGUUUGAUUUUGGUGUUUUUCGCUGUUGUGUCGUUGGAAGCAUCUUCAGAGGAGGCUGUCUGCUAGGAGAAGCUGACGUUUUGGAGCAGCGCUGCGGACAUCGGAGGCGACAUGCUCUCCUCGGACGAGCCGCUGGACCUGAAGCUUCCCUCCGGGAGGACGCAUUGUCCCCUCAGACUUGGGAAGAGGACGUCAUCCUCCAUCUGCGCUCCCCUCAGCGCCGCACGCCCUCGUCUUAUCUACACCACUUUCCCGUCCCCGCCGUCUUCCCCAGAUUCCCAGUCUCCCUAUCAUGAGCGACCCGGGUCCUGCUUCACUCCUCCAGCCAUGGACCUCAGCCUGUCCCCUUCGUCUCGACACACGUCCUCUCUCUCCCCUUCUCCCUCCUCCCCGUCCCUCUCGUCCCCUCCGUCCCCUGUCGAGUCCCCCUACAGCAUCAGCAGACCACACUCCCUCUCACGGGAAGCAGCACAUCAUCAUCAUCAUAGAGGAAUGGAGGGCGACUCGUCACCUCAGCGUUAUCCUUUCUAUCUGCCGAUGGCGAGCCCGCCGGCAGGUUACAGCUUUCCUUCCUCUUUACUGAUUGGUCAGAAGAGAGAGAUGCAAGUAUCACCUGAGCCCUCAUUGGACGCUCAGCUCACCUGCCGCUGGAUGAAGUGCCACCUGCUGUUUGAGUCGCUGCAGGACCUGGUGGACCACAUCAACGACUCCCACGUCAAGCCCGAAAAGGAUUCCGGUUAUUGUUGCAAGUGGGAGGGCUGCGCUCGCAAUGGGCGGGGCUUCAACGCCAGGUAUAAAAUGCUGAUUCACAUCCGCACACACACCAACGAGAAACCCCAUCAUUGUCCCACCUGUAACAAGAGUUUCUCCCGUCUGGAGAACCUGAAGAUCCACACCCGCUCGCACACAGGUGAGAAACCAUACGUCUGUCCGUACGAGGGCUGCAGCAAGCGAUACUCCAACUCCAGCGACCGCUUCAAGCACACCCGCACACAUUACGUGGACAAGCCGUACUGCUGCAAGAUGGCGGGUUGCCUGAAGCGGUACACCGAUCCCAGCUCGCUACGCAAGCACAUCAAAGCCCACGGGCACUUUGUGAGCCAAGAGCAGAGCGCCCCCAGCAGGCCGGGGCUGGGUGCUCGUCACGGUGGUCAGUGUGCAGUGGAUCCUCCCUCCGCAGGGAGAGGGCAGGUCAUCCUUCCUGGAACAUCGGCGGCAGCAGCCCUCCUGGGGGGUCUGGGGACAUCGCUGCCUCUGUCGGUACUAUGCCACCCUCGCGCUCCGCUCUUCUCCGUGGGGGCAAGGGGCGCCAUGGGCCCGCUCGGACUCGCCGACUCGCCUCUUUUCCACUUCGGACUUACGGCGGCGUCCAUGUUGGGGUUGGGCGCUCUGGGAAGGGUGGGGCGCACCGGAGGUCGGGGGGCAAACGGCGAGGCCGAUGAGGGCGAGUCCGACAGGGAGAGGGAGAGGGAGGGGGAGGUUCUGAACCUCUCUGCGGGGAUGGGGCCAGGACCGAGGGAUCCCCUGUCCUGGGUGGUCGUCCCCCCUAGAGCUCUCCUGCUUAAACCAACCGUGGUCAGCUAGAGUGGGUCCUCGAAGGUGGUCUUAAGUGACAUUAUAUUUAAUGUUCAACCCACAGGUAUAAUUCCAAGUCAAAAUAAGUAACUCAAAAUCAGUCAUUGAACUGCUUAAAAAGGGUUCACUUUUUACAAUUUGUAACAUUUUGAUAUAAAGUGUGACCGAUCCUGAAGCCAUACAAGGUGACCACUGAAUGAGUCAUAAAUGAAAUGUUUGUUUAGGACGUCUGCAUCCAUUAGGGGUCAAAGGGCGCUACAAACAAAACAAGCCGGUCAGUUUUUAAUGUUAAAAGUUGCACUUUAUCCCGUUAGAAACAAAAAGAAAAAUUCCUUUAUUUUGUCUCCUAUGUACAUUCACCACGUUAUAUGUGUUGCAGCGGACAAUCAAUCAGUUUGACAAACCCCACUGAUGCUUUUGCUCACCUAUAUUCACUUUUUUAUGAUCCAUAAAUGGGAGGAAAAGCACAGUGGGGGGCUACAAGGAAAUACGACAUCAUCAUUUAACGUAUCAUAUGAAGGACUAAACUGUUAGUGGACUAUUAGGCUCUACUUAGUGUGUAUCUAUCAAGGACAGCAAGUACAGUGUAAAAAUGUUGUUUUAAAUUGAUUCUUUUUGAUAUGGCAACAAAUGGACAAAAAUAUUGCCACACACCUGGUUGGUGUCAUCAGGACAUUUUUUGUACGCUCAGGUGGGUUUGGUGUGGAAGAACUUCACCUCUCGAUAACCAAAACACUUUUGACAUCAGUGACCUGGAAAAUAUUCACUGACAAGCCCAAAUUUUGUGGAAGCUCCAUAUUUUCUUCCUGCCAGGUGUCCCGAUACAUUUGUCCAUACAGUGGAUUAUAAGAGUUUAAAGGUCCCCUAUUAUGCAAAAUUGACUUUAUGACAUUAAAUCAGGAUCAGGUUCCUUUAUUAUUGUCCAUUCUUCAACAUGUACAAGACACAUAAGAACUGAAAUUACAUUUUCGGCACAGUCCCACUAAGAGCAGACAUACGUUACAGGGAGACAAGAACAGGACCGCCAAAGGAUCAGCCACUUACGGCGCUCCUCAAAAAAGGUGGGAAAAAGGUGAUAUUGGGAAAGGGGGGAAGAGCAAAAAAUACCAGUCAAAGACUGGACCCUCGGGAGGGGGUCCAGACUGAGUCCAAGGGAAAAAACCUCAUUUGCCAUAGCACACAUAAACAUGUUACAUUUAAUCACAACAACUCGCAACAGGGGGGGUGUAUAUGCCCAUUGUCUUUGGGUGUAGUGGUGUUGUGUCCUUAGGUGGACAAAAUCACCCAAAAUUAUUCCUAAGCAUGGCCACCGCUGCUGCUCACUGCUCCCCUCACCUCCCAGGGGGUGGAACAAGGGGAUGGGUCAAAUGCAGAGGGUAAUUUGACCACAUGUAGCGUGUGUGCGACUAUCAGAGGUACUUUAACAGUGUGUCCCCAUAGUCCGUUUAUGAGCACAAAACGUGAUACAAAUACAUCUAAGCCCAAGAAGUGAUUAUGCCCACCAAUUUGCAGAGGACCGAUUUGUAAAAAAAUAAAUACAAAUAAAAUAAAAAGGUAGGCUUUGCUACAUAUCUUAAAAUAUAGCUCUGCCAACUAUCCGUCAGUGGGAGCUGCAUGUUUGAACAUGUUGUUUUUCUUCAGCAAACAUGCUAACGUUUGUGCCCUCCUGUCCUAUCCCUUAAUGUGAUACAUCCUUCUGAGAACCAGUGUCCUCUUCAAUGGACAUUUGCUGUCUUUUGGUCUUUUCUUUGGCCAAAAGUACACAUUUUGGGUGGAAAAACCCAGCCACGAUACACAAAUGUCCACUGCAGAGGACGCUGGUUCUUAGGAAGUUAUGGCAUCUAUUAGGAGAGGGCAGGGGUAGGGAACCUAUGGCUCUCGAGCCAGAUGUGGUUCUUUUGAUGACUGCAUCUGGCUCUCAGAUAAAUCUUAGCUGACAUUGCUUAACACGAUAAGUAAUGAAUAAAUCAGCUGGCAAUCAGUGUUAAAAAUAACGUUCAAAAUAUAAAACAUUCUCAUGCAUUUUAAUCCAUCCAUCCGUUUUCUACCGCACCUGUUCAAGAAGUCGCAUUAAUGGUAAGAAGUAUUUCAUUUUUUUAUUGGUUAGCUUCAGAAUAACAAUGUUAUUAAAAAGAUUGAGAUACUUAUUAUACUCUAAAAAUGUUGGUCUUACUUAAAAAUGCACGCAUUUAGUUGUAUUCAGUGUUAAAAAAUAUUAUAUGGCUCUCACGGAAAUACAUUUUAAAAUAUUUGGCUUUCAUGGCUCUCUCAGCCAAAAAGGUUCCCGACCCCUGGGAUAGGGUAUACUUUUAUUGAUCCCACAGUGGGGAACUAAUGCGAGUCCACAAAAAAGAAUCAAAAGUAGUGCAAGUCACAAAAGUAACCCCAAAGGGUUUUCUUUUCUUUUACGCCACCGCCCCCAGGAAGAAGAAAACAUUUUGCUUCCCCUCCUAACUCUCCACCGUGACUAUAAAUAAUGUAAUUUGUCUAUAAAAUUGUUAUAAGUACACCUCUGCAUCACAUUGUAUCCUUAACAUUAAAGAAAACAAAAAAGAAAGAAAGAUGAACUCAGACCAAAGAAUAACUUUAUUAACAUUGUUUUUUAGUCUGUAACAGAAAAGACUUAAAGUAAUUGAAAACAAAAUUCAGUCCUUGUUUAUUACAGAAAAAAGUGUUGGCCGAUAAUGAAACAUGAAAAUGAAAUAAAGUUAAUUAAUAAUAACACAUUCUAGUUGAUCACAACAUUAACUCAGAAGCACAAUAUAUAACACACUAUAACCUAUAAAACAACAGUUUUUAUUAAAAAAAAAAUGGUGCAGAUUUUUUUUAAAUCAAAAUGAAGAAGUCAGGAUGAAGGGCUACAAUUAGAGUGUCUGCCCUGAGAUCGGUAGGUUGUGAGUUCCAACCCCGGCCGAGUCAUACCAAAGACUAUAAAAAUUGGACCCAUUACCAAGGGUUGGAAUUGGGGGUUAAAUCACCAAAAAUGAUUCCCCGGACGCGGCCACCGCUGCUGCCCACUGCUCCCCUCACCUCCCAGGGGGUGAACAAGGGGAUGGGUCAAAUGCAGAGGACACAUUUCACCACACCUAGUGUGUGUGUGACAAUCAUUGGUACUUUAACUUUAAUUAGCACGUUUUGUAAUGCACAGCUUUUCAAAGCAGGGUGUGACGGACGCAUGAUACUGAUAAAGCAUGUUCCCCCGGGUGACACAUGCCGUGCCUGGCAUUUAUUUGGAAAUAACUGGUUUAAGCCAAAAGGUAAACACAUGAAAAAAACGAGGGAAACAUUAAAGAACACAAAAAAAAAAGCACAGAGCUGCCACUUCAGCGGCACCGUUUUUACAUACAGCAACAAAAGUAACAGUGUGUCUGUAAAAAGUGCACAAUAGCGCUUCUUGGGAGACACAGCUCAUUAGCAAAAAAGCGACAGACACCUGAGACACACUCCUGAAAAACAACCCCGCACCAUAAUUCCUCCUCCACCAAAUUUUCAAAUCCACUAUUGUGGGCCAACAAAAUUUAAUAGUGUAAUAUGGGACCUUUAAGAAGUCGACUUUGAACUCUUGCGUUUUUGGGAUUCAAACCCUACAUGAAACUAUAUGUCUCAUGCAUUCUAUUCAUUACUCUCGCCGUUGUGGACAGUGUGACGUUUACAGUCGCAGGACAAAAAAAAACCCCGACACUAGAAUGCAGCUUUUUUUUUUUUUUGUGCCAGGUUACUUUGCAUGUUAAUUAUCCACAGACAAAGGUCCCCUCAGGACCUGCCUUAUCUCCUCCUGGAGGUUUGAUGAUGGAGCAACAAUACAAGGAGUGUGUUCCGAAAGGUCUACAAACAUGUCUCGCCUGUUUGAUUUAUCCAGACUUGUUUCAGACCAUUUUUUUCUUUGAAGUAAUACAAAAAAAAAAAAAAAAAGAUAUUUACUUGGUAAGCAAAAAAGCCUUUCAACUGCUUUCAAGUGUCGACAUUGGCCAACAUGAGGCCUGUUAUGUUGUUAUAUCUACGAUCGCUAUCUCCAACAUGUCAAUCACUAUCUCAACGAGUGCCUUGUGUUCCCGAACAAGUGUAUGUAUCAUUUGUAUCAUUGCAUUAAAACUUAUUUUUUAUUCUGUCUAUUUCGGGAACUGAAAUUGCUAUAACUGACAACAGAUGCGAUUUGUGCAUCAGGGCCACUGUGACCUUUUUGACGAUGACGUAAUGUCAAUAAAAGACCAAAUAAAAGAA